AGCAGCCCUUUGGCCGUGCCUCUCUCCUUGCCCGCAUCUCCGUCGCCCGCAUCCCCUGUGCCGGCUCGCUUGCAUCGGCCUGUCCAUCUGCGACCAGCGCCCCCCCCCUUUUCCUUGAUCUCGCUUGAUCCGUCAGCCGUCCGAGUCACCAUGGGCCUGUGCAAGUGCAGAACCGUAACCAAUCUAUUCUGCUUUGAGCACAGGAAGAAUGUCUGCGAAAAAUGCAUCGUCACGGAUCAUCCAAAGUGUGUUGUCCGGUCGUAUCUUCAAUGGCUGCAAGAUAGCGACUAUGACCCUGUCUGUGCCAUCUGCUCGGGGGCUCUGGAUCAAGGAGAGUUGGUUCGGCUAACGUGCCUGGACCUCUUCCAUGUGGACUGCAUCAAGACUAUGUGCGAUAAGCUCCCCGAGCACACGGCUGCCGCUGGAUACGCCUGCCCAGCCUGCCAUGCUCCCAUCAUCCCCGCCGAGAACAUGACCGGCCAGAUCGCCAACGAUGUCCGCGCCACGUUUGCCAGCUGCAAAUGGGCCGAGCAUGUUGCUCCGAAGCGAGUUCCCUAUGUGAUGACCGAGUUCCCCAAGGAAGUUACCUCAUCUAGCAGCGCACCCAAGAGUGCUGGCCCGACCGGGACCUUGCCCUCAACCCCGGCUACGACCCCGGCUCCACAGACCUACCCGCCUGCGAGCGUCCCCAGCGCCCCGCAAAGCUCGACGUUUAGCGAUGGAGUAUCGACCUUUAUUACCACAGGUGUCCAGCCUCUUGCCAAGAAACCCUCGCGGAACCGGCUGCGCGAUGGCGAUGAUGACAAGUACGGAACAAAGUCACAGGGUCUCCUGGCCUCUCUCGGCCUUCAGGACUGGGACCUAUCCAACGUCCGCCAUUUCACCAUCAAGCGCGCCAUCAUUUACUUCCUCCUGGUCGCCGUCCUCAUCCUCGUUCUGCGCGCCUACUGGGUGCGCCAAUCCGCGGCCGCUGGCAACAUCGUCGCUGAUAGCACCGGUUCAGAAUAGCGGUGCUUUGGCGGCGGCCCCCUCGAGCCUCUUCCUCCGGCACGUGUGGCCACUCAUGUCCCAGUUGGUUUUGGAUCACUAUAGAGUCCCUUCAGCGAUUUCAUGGGCCCACUGUUCCUGUUCCCCUACUGGCCGCACCGUUUGCGCAAUAUGGAUUGCGCCCGGUGCAUGUCAGGUCCAUUCUCACCACCCCCAUCUUUGCUCAAGGCCAUCGCUCCGGCUCCAGGGUUGGACUGUGUUCUUCCAAGCC